AUGACCAUCUUCCAACUUUUCGACCUGGUCAUCACAGGCUACGUCGACGACAUCACCAUUCUGCUUGCUUCCUCUUCCUAUGAGUUGAAUUGCGAGGCAUUGGCACAGGUGUACCGUCGUUUGACGAGAUUUACGUCGCUGCAUGGCACCGAAUUCAGUGCCGACAAGACGCAGGUCAUUCACUUGUGCCAGUCGCGCAAAGCCCCGCCCAUCGUCAACGUCAUGCCGAAUGUUUCGGGGUUUCCUACAGAGGCCAAGGAUGAUGCAAUAAAAGUACUCGGAUUGCAUCUGGAUUAUCAGCUUAAGUGGAACGUCCACAUCGCACAUGUAAACCCUAGGGUCAGGCAAAAGAUGUAUCAGAUGCGGCGUGUUUGUGGAUCUACCUGGGGUCCGGAUGUCUUAAAGCUUCGACACCAAUACAUCACCAGCGUGAGGCCUAUCUUUGCCUACGCCUGCGCCCUCUGGUACGUGGUCCGCAGGACCAAAGGAACUAGGUGCAAGUGGUCACUAUGCCAGGCCCUAGUCAACAAGCUGGAGACUGAGCAAAGCCAGUGUCUGAAGCAAUUUUUUGGUGCGUACCAACGCGUAUCGGGCGACAUCCUUUGCAAGGAGUUCUUCGUCGAGAAGCUCUGCGUGUUUCUCGCUGGAUGUGCGAUGAAGCACCGGGUGACGAACAUCGACACGCCCGAGGGCCAAGCGCUGUUGCGGACCUGGCUGUUUGUGGCCAACCGCCGUGGCCUCACGGCUGAGGUUAUGGAAGCGCAUCCGCUGAAUGUCGCGUACCGCGAGGCCAAGGCUCUGGUCUGGAUGGUGGCGGAUGACGAGCUCCAGCUGCGGAUCAGAGCGGACCCGAAGCUCGCCAAGAAUCCUGCCCUGCAAUGGCUGAGGCGGAAACAGCUCAUCAGGGACGUCGUGAAGAAGAUGUCACAUUUCAAGUCGCAGGACCUCUGGCAAAAGUUCUUCAUCCGUUACCUGAGCCAAGCUGCUGCCUUCAACGAAAUCUGCCCGGUCGUUCAAGGAAUUUGGGGGCAGCACAACCUCAGGAUCUGA